AUGGAAGAUACAUCACCAACACGCCCUUUUGCGAGCAAUUAUUCAGACGGCGGCUCCCUAACUUGGGAGAACUCAUUUGAUAUUUGGGAUGUCUCGACAGGAAAAUUACAUAGCACCAUCCACAACCCUUCCUCAUUAGUGAACAAGCUAUCAUUCUCUUUGGAUGGCACUCUGCUAGGAUGCGCCUGUGAAGAUGGUACUGUGCGCCUUUGGGAUCUUACUACACCACAAUCAUCCACUAUCACAGGGCUCAAAUCUUUUGAUUCAGUGAUUAGAAACAUUCAAGUAUUCUCGCCUGAAUAUGUCAAAGUUUACUACAACUCGAGGCUCAGCCUUUGGAAUUUGGAAACGCGAGCUUUGCAUAAAAGAGCGCGGGAAACGCCACUUCCAUCUCGUUUCAACGUAGACAGCAUUUAUUUCACUACUUUCACACCCCAAGAAAUCAAAAUUUGGAGCGCACGGACAGGUAAGGUGGUGACUAGACUCAAGCAUUGUUAUCCAGUUGUUCCUACCUCAACAUUUAGUGAAGAUAGAGGUCUUUUAGCUUUGGGGUUUGGCGAAAAAAGUCACAUCAUCGACGAAUUCGACCGACUUUUGAAUGGGUUCAGUGAUGGAGAACUAGAAAUCACUGAUGAGGGUAGUGCAAAUUCAGAACAUAAUGGUGCUAUGGAAGGCUCGGUUAUUGAGGGAGAUGAUGAGUCUUACUCUGAGCGUGAUGAGACAUCUCCUCUCGACGACGAUAAACUGCCCUACUCUGUCAGUGAGGCAGAUUCAGGAUAUAAAGCUUCUAUGGAAAGAUCGACUUUUGAAGAGGAUGAUGAGUCGUCCUCUGAGCUUGAUGUCUCAUCUCCCGACGACGACGACGAAAUGUCCCACUCUGGCAGCGAGUCAAAUUUUGAUGACGAAGGCAUCUGGCCAGUCGCCUGUUCAAAGCUAGACCCGCAGGUUCAAAUCUGGGACCUUAACACAGGAGAAGCAUUACAAAUUAUCAAAGGCGACUUCCAAUUUGUCAAUGCUGUAUCACUAUCUGCCGAUGGUGGAUUUGUUGCAUUCAUAGUCGCUCACUCUCUGCCCGGGGAAGCUCGAAGGUGGGAAUUGCAUGUCUGGAGUAUUAUGAAAGAUGAACAAAUCAACAUCUUAAAGUCGCUCGAAGACAGAGUCCCGAUCCACCUCCUCUGGUCUCCUGAUAGCCAGACCCUGGUGGUUGUAUUCAAAUCCGAUACCAUCCGUCUCUACGAGGCAAUGACAGGGCGACUAUUAAUGACCUUGAGCACAGAAUGUUUCUUUUAUGAGAUCGCCUUUUCUCCGGACAGUAGAUUUUUAGCCUCUUGUGACAGGCAUGCCGUUCGAUUGUGGGAUCUCAGAACAGGCCAGAUAAUCGGCAAAAAGCCUUUUGAUCAGCCACUCAACCUACGGUUCUCUCCAGAUGGGAAAGCAUUAUCCAUGAGUGCGGGGCGAAUUGAUGUACGAUCUUUCUAUCCUGGACAAGAGUCUUUACGAGAUUAUGACUUUUUGAUUGAAGAUGAUUGGGUUAUGCUCGGCGGAAGGAGGGUUCUCUGGCUCCCUCCAGAAUACAUUCCGACAUGCGUCGCGAGCACUAAUGGCACUCUCGUCAUGGCCCAUGCAUCUGGGAAAAUCAUCUUCCUCAAAUUUCGAUCGCAGGAGAGUGACCUAGACGUCGAAAUAUAG